CCGCCGGGAGCCCCGAGCGGGAGGCGCUGUUGGCUGAACGCGCCGCCGGCAGCAGCGCGCGGGAGCCGCCGGAGCGGGGCCGGGACUGGGAGCGGGGCCGCCACGUGCUGCUCGCGCCAUGGAGCUGGAGGAGCUGGGCAUCCGGGAGGAGUGCGGCGUGUUCGGCUGCAUCGCCUCCGGCGCCUGGCCCACGGAGCUGGACGUGCCCCAUGUGCUCACGCUGGGGCUGGUGGGGCUGCAGCACAGGGGCCAGGAGAGUGCUGGAAUUGUGACAAGUGAUGGAGAGUCAUCCCAGUCAUUCAAAGUGCACAAGGGAAUGGGUCUUAUAAAUCAUGUCUUCAAUGCAGACAGCCUGAAGAAGCUGUACCCUUCAAACCUUGGUAUUGGGCACACAAGGUACUCCACCUCAGGAAUUUCUGAGCUGCAGAACUGCCAACCUUUUGUCGUAGAGACUCUUCAUGGGAAGAUCGCUGUGGCACACAAUGGGGAGCUAACUAAUGCUGCACAGCUCAGGAGGAAGCUUAUGCGGCAUGGUGUAGGACUGUCGACCAGUUCUGACAGUGAACUGAUCACCCAGCUGCUGGCUUACACACCUCCUCUAGAAAAUGAUGACACAGCCGACUGGGUAGCAAGAAUAAAAAACUUAAUGAAGGAAACUCCAACUUCAUAUUCAUUGCUAAUUAUGCAUAAAGACAUAAUCUAUGCAGUACGUGAUCCAUAUGGGAAUCGCCCGCUCUGCAUUGGUCGCCUUAUUCCAGUAGGGGACAUGAAUGGAAAAGGAAAAGAUAAUACUGAAACAGAAGGAUGGGUUGUCUCAUCUGAAUCCUGUAGCUUUUUGUCUAUCGGUGCAGAGUACUAUCGUGAGGUCCUUCCUGGAGAGAUUGUGAAAAUAUCCAGACAUGAUGUCCAGACACUGGAUGUUGUACGAAGACCUGAAGGAGAUCCAUCAGCAUUCUGCAUCUUUGAAUAUGUUUAUUUUGCAAGACCAGACAGUAUUUUUGAAGGUCAGAUGGUGUAUUCAGUCCGGAGAAGAUGUGGGCAGCAGCUUGCUAUUGAAGCACCUGUGGAAGCAGACCUGGUCAGCACUGUUCCAGAGUCUGCAACCCCAGCAGCUCUUGGUUAUGCUCAAAAGUGUGGACUACCGUACGUUGAAGUGCUCUGUAAAAACCGAUACGUAGGGAGAACGUUCAUCCAGCCAAAUAUGAGGUUACGGCAGCUUGGUGUUGCAAAGAAGUUCGGUGUUCUGUCUGACAAUUUUAAAGGCAAACGAGUUGUUAUCAUUGAUGAUUCAAUUGUGAGGGGCAAUACCAUUUCACCCAUAAUAAAACUGCUGAGAGAAUCAGGAGCAAAAGAGGUGCACAUCCGUGUGGCUUCACCUCCCAUAAGAUUUCCUUGUUACAUGGGAAUAAACAUUCCAACUAAAGAAGAACUCAUUGCCAACAGACCUGAAUUUCGUGAUCUUGCAAACUAUAUAGGAGCAGACAGUGUUGUCUAUCUUUCUGUGGAAGGGCUGGUAUCAUCUGUGCAAGAAAGCAUCAAAGAAAGACAAGAGAACAGCCCUAAAAGCCAGAAGUCAUUUAUUGGGAAGAUUGGUCAUUGCACAGCAUGUCUUACUGGAGAGUAUCCUGUAGAGCUAGAAUGGUGAAUUUUUAGUGGAUGGACAUCAGUUCAUCUCUUGUUGAAUGUACCUUUUUCAAUGAUGCCUUCUUGCUAAAUAGCCUCCUUGCAUUUAGAUAAUACAGAAACCUUGUUACAGCUAACUAAUUACUGUUACUAAAACACAUCUUUAAGUAAAGACUUACAGGAAGUCUUACGUGCUGAUGAAAACAAUGUAAAAAGAUUAAAAUACAAAAUCAUGUAGUUUUGAUGCACAUUUGUGCCUUGUAUUUUCUCACAAAAUGCUAUAAAAACCAAAGUUUUUUUUAAUUAUGUAGCAGUCCCAGAGUUUGUUGCUUCAGUCUUGCCCCGAAAGAUAGCCCCGUUAGACUUGUUCGCAAAUCAUGAAUUGUGUGGUGUAAUUUCAAAUUACCUUAAUGCAAAAGCAUCCAAAGUUUGCUUUUCUCCUUAGGAAAAAAUACCAGAUUCUGAAGAAUCAAAUUGCUUCCUCAGCAGUUCUUGCUUAGACUUUUUAAGAAUGGAAGUACCUAACUUUUGCAUAUAUACCUAAAGAGCCUUUAUUAAUCGAGGCCUUUGUAACAGAUUCUAUGCACAUAAUGUCUAACAUACAAUUUUAAAAAAUGAAGACUCAGGGAAAUGCUCAGCCAAAAGCUCUCUAGUUUUGUAAUUCUAAAAUUCUUUUUUUAGAAGUCCAGUGUAAUUAUAUUAUCUCUCGUGUGCUUUUUUCAGUUGGCAAUACAACAUGGAAGGAGAAAAAAAAAUACUCGGCACUGCCUUUCUGUUUUCUGUUUUAAAUCUUGUGUUCUCCAGGAUAAGUCCUGACAAUUUCUGAAGUCUGAGCUAAUGCUCAGUGUACUUUUCAUGUGUCCUCUUUUGCUACAUUACUGCUGUUAGAAUAAAUGUAAUGUUUGAAAAAAACAAGUGUUCUGAAGAACCUGUAGCUGUUACAUGCAUUGUGUUCAGCUGAUCACGAUUACACGGUUGCUUGUAUGCAGGAAGGUCACUUGGACAAUGAACCACUAGCUGAAAAUGGAAAAGCACCUUUUGAAAACUAUUGCAAAUUUACGCACAAUUGUAAAAAUAUUUUGUAUACCUCAUUUUUUUCACUGAAUAUCAGCAACUUAAUUUUAGAUUUUCUAUUUAACAUUGUGUACUUUGGCCUUAUAAUUGUUUGUGAUGCUGUUAAAAAAAAUAAACAGAAAAGUUUAAGAGCUUUUUCCUUCCCCAUCAUCUUCCACAGAGUUGAGAAUUCCAUUAUUAGUGAUUAAAUUCAGAAGGGAGUUUUCUCAGGUGGGAUUUGUGGCAAUUGUGCCUGAUAGACAAUCACAACACAAAAGUGCUAGUUAGAAAAAGAAUAUAAAUACAUUUAAUGAAGUCAAGACUGUGUCUUGCACAGUAGAAUCAGAACCUACUUGCAGUCAAGCCCAUGGGAGAACUGAGAUUUGAUGAGUACUGGGCUUUUACUGCGCAUUCUUCACCAGAGCCCAGGUCUGCAUAUUCAGGGGAUUUAUGUGGAUCUCUUCUAAUUACCAAGUUUGGUUUUUUAACAGAAACAUAACAGUUCAUCUGGACAGCAAAUUGAACAAAACCAGAACAGGCUGGAUGCUGAUCCCCCUCUUCCAGGGUAACCAGGAAGGAGUAUGAGAAAACAGAAAAACUGUUAGCAACAUUUUUCACUCUUCUUCUUUCCUGCCCCCCCCAAAGAACAAAUAUUUUUUAGAAGAAGAGAUCAGUUGAGCCCUUAGGUUAUAAAUAUGUGUGAGAAGCCCUUUCUACUUGAGAUAAACACUUGGGUGCGUAGUUUAAGAAGGCUACAAGCAGAAGUCUGUCUGAAAUUGUCCAUAGGACAGACUGUAAGUGAAACUUGUUCAAAUACUCUUUCAACAUGCUUUCAACAAAACUGUUACUUUUGAAGUCCAAUAAUAAUUUCUUCAAUGUGAUUUGAGCAUUGGGUGGUAUAAAUCUGGUUUUAAAAAGAGUCCUAUUGUCUUUUCCCCCCUCCAUGCUAGACAUGUGAAGUUCUGACUGCUAAUGUGAGCACUGUAAUUUUUAGAUGCACUACAUGCCAAAUCUUUAACUUAGUGUCAUUUUAUUCUGACAGCUGGAUUUAUGCCUCAGGUUACCAGGCCUUUUUGAUCACAUACAGCCAACACACACGCACCAGUGAGUAUGCUCAAGGAGAAAACUGGCUUUAGGUGUUGCUAUUUGUAUUAAUGUUUUACUGUUAAACCGUUUCUGCUGUAUUACCAAUGUGCAACUAUGCCAAACUAUCACUUAACGGAAUGUGACAAAACAGUGGAAAGCUAAUGUUUAACUUCUUCCCUGCCUAACAUUAAAAAUGGUUGUGAACUGGU